AUGAAGAAAAAGGAGAAACGAAGAAAGGAAAAAGCGACCUUGAACAGGAAGCAGUUGGUCUCGAAGACCGCCUACACCAUCAACAACCAGUUGGUCAAUCUAAAGAGGGAAAGGGAAUUGAUUAUCGGAAAAGGUCUUUUCACCCAGUGCUGGAAACCCCAACACAAGUGGAAAAAUGAGAGCGAGCUUGUAGGAUAAAGACUUGCCGUUCGUCAUGUUAGUAGACCGUUGUCCCUUAUGCAAAGAAAGGCUUUCCUGAGAGCAUCAUACAUGUAAUGGUCGUUGCUUUUCUCCUUGCCCCAAAAAAAACAGUUCAUAGGCUUAUUGAAAGGGUAGGUGUAUUUCCAUAUGGCUUUAACGAGAUCCUCACAGGAGUUUUAUUCCUCAUGGCCUCUUCACCGCUGGUUGGCGCCCUCGCUUAGACUUACUCUGUCGGUUCCCGCUCGGGCUGGCGGUAACUGUCGCGGUAUUUCGCGGCAACUGUCGCGGUAUUUUGCGACACUGGCACGGGAGAAAAAAGAUUCCUUCCCGCCCUCUCGCACGCUCAAAAGAAGUUUCGAAUCAAAUCGAGCUAAUCAUUUUUCAUCACCCAUACCAAGAUUACUUCCACUAGACCUUAAACCCAAUUCAAACAACCACUUGAAGCAUAAGAUCAAGGUGUCAUCAGACUCGACAAAGCAAAGAUAUACAUCUAUAUCAUACACACUAACUAACCAUUUCUUUUUUUUUUUCUUUUCUUCUUUUCACUCAUGCUGUCUAAGAUAUCAAAACGAUAUAUUCAACCGUUACAUUAGUUACUAGCAAUCCAAAGUAUUACAGAGUUCAUCCAGUAUAAAGGGCUUCCCAAGACCAACUAUUUGCAUUUACAGCCCCAGGAUCCCACAAUAUUCAUGAGCAAAACAGAGCAGAACCAAAUACACGAGAGCUCGUUGGCUCGAGCGCCACCGUCACUGCCACAACGUCACGCUCAAACUCAUCAACAGCCACAAACACAGAGGCAGACACAAGCACCAUUGCAUUCAACGUCACCGGAUUUCUCCGAUAUAGUCCAGGGCGAGGAUCUUGAAAUCCGACGAACGCCAGACAAUUAUAGCAUCCCGAAAUCACAUAAAAUAGCGGCCUUGGGAACGUGGACGUUACCUGGGAUACUUUCAUUUUGCUCCACGACACAAUUGAUAACCAUAGCCGGAGCCAUGUCUGGUUUUUUGGCUGGGGUGGUGGUGUGCCCCUUGGAUGUGAUCAAAACAAGAUUGCAAGCGCAAGGGUACGGGAACGGCACCACCACCACCACCAACAACAAGAUUUUGGGGUUCACCGGGACAUUAAAGUCAAUCUUGCGCCAUGAAGGGGUGCGAGGACUAUAUAAAGGUUUGGUUCCCAUCACUAUUGGGUAUCUACCUACAUGGACAAUAUAUUUCACAGUUUACGAAAAAGCCAAGCAUUUCUAUCCUAGUUUCCUUUCCCGCCACUGGGAUAUCGAUAGCCCGGGAUUGAACCAUUUCUUUGCCGCGAUCACUGCAGGCAUGACCAGCUCCAUUGCCGUUAACCCGAUCUGGGUAGUCAAGACUCGAUUGAUGGUGCAAACCAACAAGCCCUCGUCAUCGCCGGAUGAUGUCAAGUACAAGGGAACAAUGGACGCAUUCAAGAAGAUGUAUCGCGAUGAAGGCAUUCGGGUUUUCUACAGCGGACUAAUACCGUCAUUGUUUGGCUUGCUUCACGUGGGCAUCCAUUUCCCCGUUUACGAAAAAUUGAAAACUUGGCUACAUUGCAACACCAUAGACCAACAACAGGAAGUGCCGCAUUUGAUCUGGAGACUCAUCAUUGCGUCGUCGUUGUCGAAAAUGUUGGCCAGCACCAUUACUUAUCCUCAUGAAAUACUCCGCACCAGAAUGCAAAUACGACGCACUAAGCCUGGAACGGGGUCGGAUCUGACAAACAGGUUCCACUUGAAAAAGCCCAAGCUAAAGACCAUCAUAUCCAAUAUAUAUCAUAAGGAAGGGUUGCGCGGGUUCUAUGCCGGUUACUUCACCAACUUGGCGAGGACGGUACCCGCUAGUGCUGUUACUUUGGUGAGCUUUGAGUAUUUCAAGACAUAUUUAUUAGAGAUCAGUGGAAAGAGUCGGAAAUGCCCCUUUUGA